CUUAAAGACUUUGUGUUCUUUCCAAUGGAUUUAAUGCUCGUUUAUGUUUCAUGUUAUUUUCCAAUCUAUCAUCAUAGUUCAUUUUAUAAAGUGACGUUUUUUUUGCAAAAGUCGCAUUUCUUCAACUUCUUGCGAAGAUUAUAAAAACAUGCAUAUACCAAUAUUUCUUAAACAUUUAAAAUGAGCGAUAACAACAUUGAAAUUUUUUUCAAUUGGUUUCACUUCUUACAAACACCGUCUAAAAGAAAGGUUGUAUUGUCCCAUGGUAAAGUGAAAAAGUUUUUACUCGUCCUUUAUAUCUCUAUAAUAUUUUUUCAAGCUGAAAAUUUAUUUUCACGCUCGUUUCUAUAAAAAAUUGCAAUCAACUCAAUAAGUGGCUUACGCGGUUCAAAAAAAACAAUGUUGACUACCAGUACUUGUAUUUUAAGAAAAAAUAAACCAUUUUGAACAGAAACUUUGCAAAAAAAAAGUUUUUUUAAAGUUAAUUAAGAAAAAAAUUGUCACCUGAACAACAGGAGAUUUUUUUAAAAAUACCAUCUAAAGGUUGAAUGUAUGAGCAAUUGAAACUUAAUUCAAUUUUGGGAAGCGUAGAAAUUUUGAAAAAUUCAGAGCGUUUUUAUAUAUUGGCUUGGGUUUUUUUUGAAACGAUAGGUCGAAAUUUUUAAGAAUUUAAAAUGCUGACAACUUUUAAUGUUCGACAGACAAAAAGCUGUGUUUGGGAAUUUCGAGUGAAAGACGCGAAAGCUAAAAUAAUGUUAUCAGAGUGUUAAAAUUCUCAAAUCUCAUUUUGGCAUCUUAUUGAAAAUUAAAAAAGUAUUUGUUUAACAUGAUUAAUGGUAUGAUGUUGAAAAAAUGCUGGUACUAGAAAAAAAAAACCUAAGAAACAAGUAAAUGGAAGGAGUACUGGUCGUGAGUUGUCACAAAGCAUUCAGUUAGAAAACGGUAUAGAAAAAGGUUGGGAAGAAUAGGCGAAAUAGAAAGUUUUGCUGACACUUAAGGUUCCAGUCGCUAAAAAGACAUCACUUAUGAUGAGUAAUUUUGUCUUUAAAAGACGUGAGGUUUUUUUAGUGUAAUGGUCGUUUUAUAAAUGGUAGAUAAAAUGUGUGUUGUGAGUAGAAACGAUCACAUACGGAAAAGCUGUUCCUGGUAUAUAUGCAUAUACAAACGUAUAUAUUACAAUUAGUGAAUUUGUAGUAUUAGUAAAUUGAAAAUAUAUAUGGAAAUGAUUUCAAGAUUGGAAGAGAAAUGUGUGAAUACAGUUCGAUGUAUUUCGGCAGCAUGUCCUCAAAUAGCCAACUCGGGUCAUCCAGGAGCCCCGAUUGGUUGUGCUGCUAUUGCUCAUACUUUAUGGACUAAGAUUAUGAAUUACGCACCACAUAAAACGGAUUGGAUCGCUCGAGAUCGUUUUGUUUUAUCCAACGGACACGCAUGUGCCUUACAGUACACAAUGUUACAUCUCGUUGGAUAUGAUUUAUCACUUGACGAUUUGAAACAAUUUCGACAAAUUGGAAGCAAAACGCCAGGUCAUCCCGAAUGUUUUAAAACGCCUGGAAUCGAAGUGACCACUGGACCUUUAGGUCAAGGAAUCGCUCAGGCUGUGGGAUUAGCGAUUGCAACGGAAAUGAUGGCAGCCAAGUAUAAUCGUCCGAAUUUAGUUCUUUUCGAUAAUUACGUCUAUACAUUGGUUGGAGAUGGAUGCCUUCAAGAAGGUGUUGCUUCAGAAGCAUGCUCAUUAGCGGGUCAUUUAGGUUUAGGCCGUUUAAUUGUGCUUUAUGAUAAAAAUAAAAUCUCAAUUGACGGAGAUACCGAUUUAUCAUUUUCUGAAAAUGUACAAGCUCGUUUCCAAUCGUAUGGAUGGAAUGUUUUGUGUGUCGCCAAUGCAACAUGCGAGGUUGACGCCAUUUGGAAAGCAGUUCAAAGUGCACAAGAAUGCAGAACAAAGCCCACUCUUAUUAUUUGUGAAACAAUUAUUGGAUAUGGCACCCGUUUUGAGGCCACCGAAAAAGUACAUGGUGCUCCUCUUGGAACGGAGGAACUAUUAAAAUUAAGAGCGAAAUUUGGAUUAUCUUCUAGCGAAGAUCUCUUUCAUAUUGAUGCUGAUGUUUUGAGUUUUUACAAAAAAGCUGGAGAAGACGCUUCAAAAAAGUAUACAAUGUGGUUAAAACUUGUAUCAAAUUACGCUCAACAUUAUCCUAAUGAGUAUCAGCAGUUACAAAAGGACUUUUCUGGACGUUUUGACAGUAUUGAUUGGAUAAAAGAUUUUCCUGUCUACUCAGAAGCAAGCUCUCCUCAAAGCACACGAGCAUUAUCUGGGCAAAUUUUAAAUUGCUUAGUGAGUAAAAUAUCUAAUAUUGUUGGCGGUUCAGCUGAUUUAACAGUUUCAAAUUGUACAGUUUUAAAAAAUGUUAACGAUUUCACCAAAUUGUGUCGUAACGGUAGGUAUAUACGGUAUGGUGUAAGAGAACACGGAAUGGCGGCCAUUUCCAAUGGAAUAUUUGCUUAUGGAGGCUUACGUCCUUUUGCAGCAACAUUUUUAAAUUUUAUUACUUACGCCUGGGGAUCCGUUCGCUUAAGCGCUCUUUCUGGAUUCGGAAUACUUUAUGUUGCCACACAUGAUUCUAUAGGAUUAGGGGAAGAUGGACCAACACAUCAACCUGUUGAAGUAGCCUCCUUAUGUCGUUCAACACCGAAUUUGCAUUAUUUCAGACCUGCCGACGGUCGUGAAGUGAUUGCAGGGUAUCGUUCGUGGUUAGACCAUUCCAAAACCCCAACUAUUCUUGCUUUAAGUCGUGGUAACUUACCACACCUGAAGGGAUCUUCAGUUGACAAAGCUCUUAAAGGAGGUUAUGUUUUAUCCGUUUUCGCAAAUACAGGAUUACCCCAACUUAUUCUUGCCAGCUGUGGAUCCGAAGUAUCAUUGUGUGUUGAAGCAGCAAAAGAAUUGGAUCAAGUUGUCGAUAUCUCGGUUGUUUCCAUUCCCUGUUGGGAGUUAUUUAUGAAACAACAAACGGACUAUCAAAAGGAAGUUUUAUUUAAGAAGAAUGUUAUAAAGAUUUGGGUUGAGUCAGCUACCGCCUGUCGUUAUGAUCAUUUGUUUGAUGAAACGUUGCAUAUGACAACUUUUGGAGAAUCGGGAAGCGAUAAACAAUUAAAGCAACAUUUCGGUUUCACUUUGGAAGCGCUAAAAGCACUUGUUUUCAAAACAUUAAAACAAAAUCGUUCAUAGAAAAGUGUAACGUGGCAUUAAUACGUAAACGUAUUUUGUUUCAAAAAAACCACUGUCAUUUGAAAUUUUAUUGCUCGCGAAUCUUGCUUUGUUGUAUGUAGAAAAAAAAAAACUUGCAUGUUUUACAAAAGAAAAAACUAAUGUCGCGUGUUAUUCGUCUAAAACAUUGUUACUUUUUUCAUUUUUUGGUUUUAAUGUUUUUGACUAGAAAAUGUCAUGUCAUGUCUUAAUAAACCAAGUAUUCCGUAAGCAAACUUUGAUUUAAAAAAUAGUGUGCCCGUUAAAAAACAGUAUUUUAACGACAAUAUUCAGGCAUAAAGGAAUAUGUUACUCCUAUGAAGUGACUUCUUCAAUGAAAUUCUUAUUUAAAAAAAUACUUUUGAAUGUCAUUGUUGCAAUGACGUGCGUAAAGUCUGCUGUUAAUGCGGGUAGUAGUCUAAGUAGCAUGAACCGUAAGACUUUCAGCAAUCACUCACAAUUGCUUCCUUUCGUUUCAAAAAUGACUCAUCGUCAGUUACAGGAAGUUUCUCAUCCAAUAGCAAGGUUGAAAUCUUCUAAAUGCCUGGAUGAUUUUCUUAUGAAGAAUAGCUCAAAGAGAUAUGAGCGGUGUGGGGAUUAUCUGUUAUCUAAAUUGGUCACAAUGUGCCUUCCGAAAUGGUCUUUAGAUAAAGAUUCACUGUGCACGCAAAUCGAGAAAUCUCCUUUUGCUUCAAAAUGUGCUGAGGGAUUGGUUGAUUUGGGUAAAACAUGUGUAAAGGAUCAAGUCAAGAUUCGUGAAACGAUUUGUGACAAAAAUUUUAAACUCAUAAAUAAUAGAACGUGUGAACGGCGGUAUCAUUUCAAACCAGUUCCUAGUUGUGAAAAAGGUUACAUUUUUUCCCACACGACGUUACUGUGCGAGAAAUGGCAAACGGAUAAUUCGACGGUUGCACGUUCACCGCAAAUAUCAAGUAUAGGCAAUUUAACCAUUCAACGAAUCAUACCUCCAUUUCUAACGUGUGACUCCAAUUCCAGAUCUAUAGGAGAAAGCUGCGCUACGUUUUCUUAUACAAAACCACACUACAAAUGUCCAUCAGGACUAGCACUCGAUAACACGGACUGCAUCAAAAUCAAGGAACGUUGCGUGUCAAAAAAUACUUUUCCGCAGCUUUGUGUUCAUUCGAUUCCACCCGAAAAAAAAAAAACCGCGUCAAUCACUCGACAAAACUGUUUCAAAAACACGAAAGACAAGUGGACAUUUUGUUGUCCUAAAGCAUACGAGCUUUAUCAAAGUGAUUAUGAUGUUCGUUGUAUUUACACAUCGAGUUUUUCACAAUGUUUAGCAAAAAUGGAUACAUUUUAUUCGUCCGCUACUUUUUGCAUGGAAGAACCGAUCCCUGCAACACCAUUUUGUCAACAAGGAAAAUAUCAUGAUCAGCUCCAAUUGUGUGAGAUCACAAAAAUGGAGCAACCAAUUAUUGUAGAGUUGCCCCAAAACGUUUCAGUAUCAUAACUUGUUAAAAGAGUGCGUUGAAACAACAGACGUCAUAUCUCAAGAAUGUGACGGAGAAACGGAGAAAUGUACCAAAGCCAGAAAUACAAGUGACUUUGGACCCGUUCAACCGAUAAACACUGCGCGACUUUUACUCCAAAAGCAAGUCGAUCAAAAGGAAGCCAUAUGGACAUGUCCUCCCAACUCGACCCUUAUUAAAGAUUUUCAAAACAUCCACAAUACACACGCCUUUUUGUGCGAGAAGGUUGAGCAACACCUUGCGACCUUUCAGUGUCCUGAGCAGUUUCAUGAAGGAAUUGAAAAUUUGUGUGUUCGUCAAAUUUUCAGCCCCCUCUCUUCUUUCUGCCCUAUAGGGUUUCAACAUGUGAAUGAAGAGUGUGUUAAGAUAUUAAAAAGUGCACCAGUGACGUUUUGCUCACAAGGUUUCACUUUAAGCACGUUUCUUCCUUUGUAUUCGAAUGAAACUGAGGGAAAACUACAAAGAGUAUGUGUGAUGCAGUUAAGUUAGUAUUCAAAAAAAAAUUGGGCGUCCGUGGAAAGUCAGUAGAACGGAAAGUAGAAAAUCUUAAAGCCAUUGCAAUUAAUUUCAUUUUUAAUCGUUAAAUUUCUAAAACAUGACAGUUUAAAAUUAUAUGUUUAGUUUUAAAGUCUCCAUUUUAGUCAAUUUUAAUUUAGCAUCAAAACUACAUUGUUUCUUUUCGUUUAGUAAAUAGAACCAUUUUUUUUUUUCACAAGCGUUACAUUAAAAAAAGAAGCUUGUCCAGAAUGACUGUUGUGGACCAGUUUAGCAGAAGAACUAAU